UUCAUUUUAGAAUUAAGUUUGGUAGAAAGUUUAUAAAAAUAAACGAUAUAAGACAAAUGUGUUGGAUUUUUGCAGGACUGUUUAUCAACAUGAAUUGUAAUUUUGAUGGGGCCAAACUGUUUUUACCAUUUACUUAUAUAAGAAGAGUCAUCUUAUAAGAAAUGACUAGGAAAUACAAUCUCUCUCCCUUCAAAUGCCUUCACUGCCUCUCACAUUAUGGGAACAUCAGUUUAUGAAGCUUUGCCUUUGUCUCCCGUAACCUAAUUUUGUAUUUUUUUUUCCAUGCCUCAAAACUGAGCCUAAGUUUCCGAAGUUCAUAAUCGGGAUUUACAACAUCUGCUGAUUGCCCUGGUUUGAUCUCUACUAGAGCUCUGGCAUCGUUGUUAAAAGUCUGAGAAUAUGUCAUCAUCGACGACGACAUCUUCUUCCUCUUUUGCCAAACAAAAGAGGGGUCAUCCAUUAUGCUUCUGUGAGAUUGAAGCCCAACUGAGAUACUCAAAUACUCAGCAUAAUCCGGGACGACCCUUCUUAGGUUGUCCAAAGUACAACAAAGAGGGAUUACCAUAUUGUAAGUAUUUCAAGUGGGUAGAGGGCGAUGAAUACCCAUUGUCGGACCCAAGUGAAACCCACACUGAAUUUUCCAGCAGGGAGAAGGAGCUGAAGAAAAAACUGGUCGACAUUGAAAAGAUCAUUCUUGAUUUGCGUAAAAAAGUAGACGAAUUCGAGGUCAUACUAUCUAAUAGAAAUGAGGAGUUACUGAAGGAGUUGGUGGCUGUUGUACAUGAAGCAGAAAUGAGACGUUCACGCACAUUACUCCGUGGGUUUUGGGCUUUAGCAUUUGUUGUAGCAUAUUAUUUGGUGCUGCAUAAGUAA